UAUAAUUCUUCUCAACAUGCAUAAAAAAAUUACGAAAUUUACUCGGUUGAAAAUUCAAAUUAGUUUUAAGAGUUUGUAGUUAGAAAAUGUAGUCAGCUACACUCAAUGAUCUGAUCGUCUUUAUUGGUGAAUUAGAAAGGAUGAACAGUUUUAGUGAACAUAAUAUAGAUUUUCACUCCCCAUACUUCACCAAAGAAAUGCACUGUUUGCCAAAGAUCUCCAUUUCAGCGACUGAAAGCUUCUCGAUUCAAGAUUCACUAUACACCGACCGGAAACACAGAAGAAAUGAGAUUGAGUUCCGAAGAAUUCUUGGCGUCGAAUGCAAUUCGAAUAAUCAAGGAACAGUGAGUCCUAACUUCGUGUAUUGGGAGAAAUCAAAUGGAUGGAAUCCCCACUGCGAUCGAGGAUGGAGAUGUUGUAGAAAACCCUAGCGGGAAGCCUUUGGCCAGAAUAGUUUCUGAAGCUGAGGCAAUUGCGACUAAUAUUUCAGAUACAGAGCCAUAUGUAGGUAUGGAGUUUGAAUCUGAGGAGUCUGCCAAGGUUUUCUACGAUGCAUAUGCUUCACGACUUGGUUUUAUUAUACGCGUUGAUGCAUUUCGUCGGUCCAUGCGUGAUGGUUCGGUUGUUUGGCGACGACUUGUUUGUAACAAAGAGGGGUUUCGCAAGUUUAGGCCGAAAAGAAGUGAAAAUAGGAAGCCUCGAGCUAUAACACGAGAAGGAUGUAAGGCAAUGGUUGUUGUGAAGAAAGAGAAAUCUGGAAAAUGGAUUGUAACGAAGUUCGUCAAGGAUCACAAUCAUCCACUGAUUGUUACUCCUGCCAGUGCUCGUCGAAACGUUCUUCUAUCACACACACGGGAUGAGAAAGAUGCAAAAAUUCGAGAAUUAACUGCCGAACUGCAGCUAGAACGAAAGCGAUGCGCAGCUUAUCAAGAACAGCUUGCCAUGAUAUUAAGAGACAUGGAAGAACACUCGAAUCAUCUGGCAAGAAACAUAGAUGACAUUGUUCAAAGUGUGAAAGAUAUUGAAUCAAAAAGCAAUACAUUUUCAAAUAGCUAACAACAGAAUCCAAAGAGAAUAUAUAUAUAUUUUUGUAAAAUUUUCUAUUAUUACUGUU